GAGGCGGGGAAUAAUUUCCAUGGCGCGUCAUAGCCGAGCGGAUACAGCUUAUAAACAGAUAAUAACAAAUAACAACAAUAAUAAUAGCAUGAAAAUAUAAUAUACAACAACUCCCACUAUUUAUUUAAUAUUAUUGGCUGUUAUAUAUUUAUAUAAAUAUAUAUAUUUAUAUGUGUAAUUUAAUUUCGGAGGCGGCUCGCGCGCGUGUUUGAGCGGUUAGCCGGCUAGCAUAGAGCGGAGAGCAGCAGGCCGCAGAGAAAUAUGUAACGUGCGUCACCAUGACGACCAAGUUCAGCAAGACGUACACGCGGAAGGGCGGCGAGGCGAACUCCAAGUUCGAGGAGGUGUUUGGGAACAGGAGAGCGACGCUGAGCACCAAAUGGGGAGAGACGACGUACAAAGCGCAGCUCGGAUCCAGACGCCCCGCCCACGCGUCUGCCGCACCCGACGUGUCCACACUGCACAAACGGCCCCGCCUCGAACUCGACAACGAGGAAGACGACCCGUUCGGCUUCGACAGUGACGACGAGGAGCAGAGCGAGACAUCUCGAGGGUCCGAGGUGGAACAGAGCGGACAGAAUGCAAAGGGUGGAGCUAGUGCAGCCACACCCGUUCAGAGCCCCUUUACCACCACCACUGCUAGCGCCGGAUCUAAACCCACAUCACAUGCAGCAUAUUUAAAAGCCACCCAUAAAGACUCGAGCGGUUUCGCGGAUCGUUCAAGGACCGAAAUUUCCCCGUCUGAACCCGCGGAGACGCCGUGUGCGCAAACCGCUACCGAGGCAGACGGUUCCAGACCUGCCGAACAGGAAGUGGGAGGUUCUGAGACAGCGGCGGAGCCAGUGGAUUUCGAGCAGCUUCCUCUGAUCAAACCGGCGAGAGAUCGCGUUUACCACAGAGCCAAUAAGAAAGGAGAACCAGAGAACUCGCAGGAAUUAGGAGAAAUCAAAAGCAGCAAUAAACCAGUCUCUGGGUCCGUCUCCACUGGCGUGUCGUCGUCCGGGGGCUCGGAGGUGAAAGGUCGCGGCCGCGUCAGGGAUUACACGCUGCUGCACCCCUCUUGUGUGUCGGUGUGUAACGUCACCAUCCAGGACUCUAUUGAGCGCAGCGUAGAGGAGUGUGUGACCACAGCACCGUCAGAUCUGGGGGAUGCAGGAACGUUCCGGAGAAAGACAGACGCACAACCUCCAAAAUACAGCAGGCACCGUCCUACUAAAUCUAAAAUGGAGUGCAAGCUGGAGUUUUUCGGCUUUGAGGACGGUGUGUGUGAGGACGGAGACACCGAACCUGGCACCAGCUACAAGAUCAAAUACUUCGGCUUUGACGAGCUGAGCGAAAGCGACAGCGAGGACGAGGAGGACCGACCCGGGAAGAAGAAGAGAAAGAAGAAAGAUGCGGAAGAGAAGGGGACGGAUGCUUCGGACUGUCCUCAAAUCGAAGAUCCGAGUCUUGCACACGCUCACACAGAUUCUCAGGAGUGGCAGGAUGAGUCGAGCUCAGUCGGCCCAGACACUCCGAGAGAACAUGCAGGAAAACCCACAGACAGGCUGAUCAGUCGCAAAAUCUUCAGAAAGACUCCUACUAAAGCGGUGUACAACGCUCGUCCCUGGAAUCAGCCUGAACCAGAGGAAUCUCCUCCCACAUUGCACAGUGAUGUCACACCUAAGCCGAGUCCGUCAAGCUCAAACAAAGAUGUGAUUUCUGUAAAAGACGACAGCGUGUUUAAAGCCCCCCCACCUCCCCCCAAAGUCACUAAAUCAGUAUCCCCGCCCACUGAGCCCCAGCCACAUGCUACCACUGCAGAACAAAAGGAGCUGUACACAGUUGUGCAACACGUGAAGCACUUUAACGAUGUGGUGGAAUUCGGAGAGAAUCAAGAAUUCACUGAUGACUUUGAGUAUCUGGAGACUGGACUAAAGAGCACACAGCCUCUACACACACGCUGCCUUAGUAUAAUCAGUUUAGCCACACGCUGUGCCAUGCCGAGUUUCCGCAUGCAUUUGAGAGCGAGAGGAAAAGUGGCUCAGGUGUUUAACAUGCUGAGCGACGCACCACAGCAUCCGAACCUGGCAUUGUGUACCGCAGCUCUACUCUACAUCCUCAGUCGGGACCGGCUCAACAUGGACCUGGACCGUGCCUGUCUGGAUCUCAUGAUCCGUCUGCUGGAGCUGGAGCAGGACGAGUCGGAGGAUCAUCAAAGCAAAGUGAAGGAGAAAAUACAGAAACUGUGUGAAACUGUACACAACAAACACCUGGACCUCGAUAACAUCACUACGGGUCACUUGGCGAUGGAGACUCUUCUCUCACUGACAUCUAAGAGAGCAGGAGACUGGUUUAAAGAAGAGCUCCGUUUACUGGGAGGACUGGACCACAUCAUAGAUAAAGUAAAAGAGUGUGUGGAAAACCUGGAUACAGACGACGAUAAUGAAAACCUGGUGGCCUCGUUAUGGGGAGCGGAACGCUGUUUACGAGUCCUCGAGAGUGUGACUGUCCAUAAUCCCGAAAAUCAAUCCUACCUGAUUGCCUACAAAGACUCCCAACUGAUCAUCUCUUCAGCCAGGGCCCUGAGGCAUUGCACCAUGAUUCAGCUUUAUUGCCAUCAUGUCACCAAUUCUGGUGCCACCUCCACUCAUAGUAACCAUAGCAACGUGGCAAAAGCAGUAGAAGACUGUAUGAGGGCGGUGCUGGGGGUGAUGCUGAACCUCACUCAUGAUAAUGAGUGGGGCAGCACUAAGACAGGCGAGCAGGACGAACUGAUCAUCACUGUGUUGAACUCUGUGCUGAAAGUUCCUCAGUUUCUCCCUCAGGAGCAGAGAUUCGACAUCCGUGUACUCGGUCUGGGUCUUCUGAUAAACCUGGUGGAGUACAGCUCCAGAAACAGGCACUGUCUGGUGGAACUAACCGUGGAUUCCAACUGUCUGCCUGAGACCGAGAAAGACGAGAAGAUGGAGGGAGUAAAGCAAGAGCAGAAGGUGGACGAGGGGACGGAUGAUAAGACGGAAAAGAGACUGGACACUAAUGAAAAAGCGAGUGCUCUCAGCGCACUGGUGCAGCUCUUCCUGGAGCGGGAGAGAGCGGCCAUCUUGGCCGAGGCACAGGCUGACAACAUCAUCAGCGAGGCGCCGAAGUCUCAGGCGGAUGAGAGCGGGCAGUGGCAGGUGACGAGCGGAGAGAUGCAGUGGGUCGCCUCGGAAAAUAACACAGAUGACAAGAAGGAGAAAGAGGAAGAGGAGGAGGAGCUCGAUUUUAAUAAGGUUCUGCAGCAUGCUGGGAAACACAUGGAGGACAGUAUAGUUGCGUCGUACACUGCGCUGCUGCUGGGGUGUGUGUGUCAGGACAGUCCGGUGAACGUGAAGGCUGUGCGUGAGAGCCUGCCGAAAGGAGACUUUUCCAUCAUGACCGAGAUGCUGAAGAAGUUCCUCAACUUCAUGAACCUGACGUGUGCAGUGGGCACCACGGGGCAGAAAUCCAUCUCCCGUGUUAUCGACUAUCUGGAACGCUGUUAGCAUUUCAGAGGAUUUCAGAAGACCUGGCAACCCUAGAGUCUGUAAACAUCAUUAUUGAGAGACCCUUAGAACACACACAGGCAUACCCAUUUUGUUUGUUCCUACUGCUGACACACACACACACACACAAUGCAUUAUGGUAUUUUAUUUUUAUUCUAAAAAAAUGUUUUCUUAAAUUUUCAGCGUAAAUGAGUGGCGUCGAAAUAAAUAUUGGUUUUGAAAAUUUCAAAAAAUGGGAUUCCGAGCGAAAGUUCAAAAACUAGUUUUAAAAAGAAAAAAUCGCUUUAAAAAAGUUUUGAAUUGAACAUUAUAUGCGAUUAUUGGAGUGCGAGAAUAAAAGUAUACAUUUUUUAUUUAAAAAAUUUAAUAAAUGUUCUCUAGUGGGAAGACUAAAAAUAAAUCAAAUAAAAUGCAUGAAAUUAAUUUAUAUAAAACAAUAUAUAUUACUUUUUAUUAUUAAAGAAUUAAAUAAUGAAUCAUUUCAGGUUCCAGCUUAACACUUGCAAGUCUCGAAAUCAAUUGAAUUGAUUUAAAACGGCUGAUUAUAAGGACAUUGACAUUUCACAAAAUCAAAGAAUUCAGUUAGACGUAAAUGUAUGGCGGCAUUUUUAGUUUCAGAAUCACGCUUUUAGAGCUACAGGUUUAGGUUUAAGGUGGUAUUGUUGAUCAAUCACUGAGGCCUUUUGUGAUGUGAAACCUUUCCACCUUAAAUAGAAAUUUAUAUUUAAUUAAAGGUCACAGUCCCUUUUUUUUUUUUUUUUUUAGGUUUCAGGUUUUUUUGUUUGUAUGGUUGUUCUUUCAUUGCUUUAAGAUCAGACUGGAACUGAACAAUUCCACUUUCAAAAAUUUUGUCUUUUGUUGUAAAAUAGUAUUUCAGAUUAAAGCAGCAGAAUGUAAUGUUUAGAGCCUUUUAACAGGCCACGGCCCUUUCUAAUAGUACAUUAUCACUAGUGGGAUUGCUUUAUAAAAAAUAAAUAAAAGCGGGGGUGGGCGGGGCUUAGUAGUGUGAGGUGGCACUAAAUUCCAAUCAAGAGAAAUCAAAUAUAAAGAAAUGAAUCUUGAAAUAAAAAAAGAUGUUCUGAUUAAUGUCACAUUCUGCAAGGAUUAAAUCUGAUUUGAUAUAUAUAAUUAAUCAAAGCAGGGGUUUUUUUUGUCACUUUGCUGAUUUGAAUUUUGUUUUUUGUUAUUUUUUUAAUUUAGUAGGAAAAAAUGCUCAAACUAUUGGAAGGUUUAAGAACUGAAUGAAUAAGUUCUAAAAAUAAAAGUAGAAAAGUCUUUGAACUAUUCAUGCUUUUGUGAAAAAAAAAAAAAUUUGGUAUUAACUAAAUAAUAAACUAACUCGUGCUUCUCUCACAGCCAUACUGAGUAAAAAUCUCAGAUUAUUUUUCUUUCUUUCAUUUUCUUUCUUUCUUCUUUGUGUUUGAGGACAUGGAGUGGAUUAUGCGUGAACUAAACCGGGUGUUUAGAUGUAAAUAUUUUGUGUAAAUAUAUUCACCUUCAGAAUGUUGGACCGAACGCUCAGUUUUGUUUGUUUGUUUGUUUGUUUUAUACAGGUUUCUUUGUUUAUUGUUAUUGCAGGAUUAUAAAUAAAAAUCUCUCUCUAUAUAUAUAUAAUGUGUAUAAACACUUUUUAUCUGGUUUUGCGCAGAAUCUUGUCUUUGGUUACCUGUAAAUAAUUUUGCCUUUAAUAAAAGCGUUGAUACUUUCA